GAUGCCACAGGCAGAGCUGGGAGACGAAAUGGGCAGCAGUACCUGGGUUAUUUAAUGCUUGGCUUCUCUUUCUCCUUGGAUAAGAUGUCUCACCAGAAGAAGCAGCCAACCCCCAUGCCCCCAGUGGGCUGCGGAAAGACUUCGGGAGGCGGCGGCGGCGGCGGCGGCGGCGGCUCCGGCUGCGGCGGCGGCUACUCCGGGGGCGGUGGAGGCUCCGGCUGCGGCGGCUACUCCGGAGGCGGAGGAGGCUCCAGCUGCGGCGGCUACUCUGGGGGCGGCGGAGGCUCCAGCUGCGGCGGCUACUCCGGGGGCGGCGGAGGCUCUAGCUGCGGAGGCUACUCCGGGGGCGGCGGAGGAGGCUCCAGUGGGAGUGUCAAGUACUCCGGGGGUGGUGGCAGCUCCGGGGGCGGCGGAGGCUCCGGCUGCGGGGGCUACUCCGGAGGCGGCGGAGGCUCCAGCUGCGGGGGCUACUCCGGGGGUGGCGGAGGCUCCAGCUGCGGAAGCUACUCCGGGGGCGGUGGAGGCUCCAGCUGCGGGGGCUACUCCGGGGGCAGCGGAGGAGGCUCCAGUGGGAGUGUCAAGUACUCCGGGGGUGGUGGCAGCUCCGGGGGCGGCGGAGGCUCCAGCUGCGGGGGCUACUCCGGGGGUGGCGGAGGCUCCAGCUGCGGAAGCUACUCCGGGGGCGGUGGAGGCUCCAGCUGCGGGGGCUUCUCCGGGGGCGGCGGAGGAGGCUCCAGUGGGAGUGUCAAGUACUCGGGAGGUGGUGGCAGCUCGGGUUCUGGCUGCGGCGGGGGCUACUCCGGGGGCGGCUCCGGCUGCGUCGGGGGCUACUCCGGCGGCUCCUCCGGCUGCGGCGGGAGCUACUCCCGCGGCUCCUCCGGCUGCGGCGGGGGCUCCUCCGGGGGAGGCGGCGGCUCCGGCCAGCAGGUUCAAUGCCAGAACUACGGAAGCGUCUCUAGCGGCGGCGGCGGGAGCUCCUCCGGCUGCGGCGGGGGCUCCUCCGGCUGCGGCGGCGGCUCCUCAGGCGGCGGCGGCUCCUCCGGCUGCGGCGGGGGCUCCUCCGGCUGCGGCGGCGGCUCCUCAGGCGGCGGCGGCUCCUCCGGCUGCGGCGGGGGCUCCUCCGGCGGCGGCUCCGGCUACUACUCCUCGCAGCAGACCACCCAGACGUCGUGCAUGCCCCAGCAGAGCUACGGAGGGGGGUCGUCAAGCGGCAGCUGCGGCGGCGGCGGCUCCUCCGGAGGCGGCGGCGGCUGCUUCUCCAGCGGUGGGGGGUCGUCCUGCGGUGGGGGCGGCGGCUCCGGCUGCGGCGGCGGCUCCUCCGGGGGCGGCGGCGGCGGCGGCGGCUGCUUCUCCAGCGGUGGGGGUGGUGGCUCCGGUGGUGGCUCCGGGAGUGGCAAGGGCGUUCCGGUCUGCCACCAGACCCAGCAGAAGCAGGCGCCUACCUGGCCAAGCAAGUAAGGCCCUUUGGACGCCGCGGAGACGGAGGAGCUGGAGAUGUUCUCCGUGGGCGCCUAUGCGCUUAGUGCUCUCUUGAUACUGCCCUGAGGUCCCUAAAUGCUUCAUGUGUUAACACACCCACAAGGAGCCUCAGAGCUCUGGGGCUGCAUCUCGUUCUGCAGUUUUUCCUCUCUGGAUUCUGUACAACUACCUCCCAACCCCAGUGCCUCCUCAGUCAAUAAAUUUGCAAUUCAUGAGA